AUGAACUCCAUCUUUUCCCCCAGCCCCAACCCAUUUCCACCUUCCACCCCACCCUAUCUCUACUUCCACCCCUAUUCCAUCUCUAUCUCCAUUCCCACCCCCUAUCCCAUCUCCACCCCAUCUACACCUCAACUCCAUCUCCAUCUCCAGCCCCAACUCAUUUCCACCUCCAACCCCACCCCAUCCCCAAAUCCACCCCGCCCUAUCUCUACCUCCACCGCCAUUCCAUCUCUAUCUGAAUUCCCACCGCAUCCCAUCUCCAAAUCCACCCCAUUCCAUCUCAACCCUCUACCCAUCUACACCUCCAACCCCUUGCCUCCUCCACCUCCAACGCCCACCCCAUCAACACCUCCAAACAAACCCAUCUACAUCUACAUCCCCACUCAAUCUUCUACUCCAACCCCUAACACUAUCUACACCUCAACCUCAUCUCCACAACCACACCAUCUAUACCUCCAGCCCACCCCAUCUACACCUCUAAAUGAACUCCAUCUUUUCCUCCAGCCCCAACCCAUUUCCACCUUCCACCCCACCCUAUCUCUACCUCCACCCCUAUUCCAUCUCUAUCUCCAUUCCCACCGCAUCCCAUCUCCACCUCCACCCCCAUUUCAUCUACGCCUCCAACCAUUUACCCCGUCUUCACCUUCACAACUAACUCCACCUCUACCCUAUCAACACCUCCACCCAACCCCAUCUCCAACUCCACCCCCAUUCCAUUUCAACCUCCAACCCAUCCACACCUCCAAACCCAUCGACUCUACACCUCCAAACCAACCCUAUCUACACUUCCACCUCCAUUCCAUCUGUACUUCCAACCCCGUCUUCACCUUCACACCUAACUCCACCUUAUCUCCACUUCCUUCUACCUCAUCCACCCCAUUUCGAGCUCCACUCAAUCUACUACUCCAACCCCUAACCCCAUCCACACCUCAACCCCAUCUCCACAACCACACAAUCUCCACCUCCAGCCCUAUCCCAUCUCCACCCCAUCUACACCUCAACCCCAUCUCCACCUCCAGCCCUAUCCCAUCUCCACCCCAUUUACACCUCCACUCCAUCCCACCUACACCUCCAUCCCCACCCCAUCUACACCUCCAACCCCACCCAAUCUACACCUCCAACCCUAUCCCAUCUACAGCUCUACUCCCGCCCCACCUACACCUCCAGCCCCAACACAUCUCCACAUCCAACCCCGUUCCUUCUCUGUCUCUGAUUGAGAUAGUGAAUUUAUUGUUACAAAGAUAA